AUGAGCUCCACUGUUCUAAUCACUGGUGGCUCCGGCUUUGCCGCAGCUCACGUUAUUCGGGCUUUCCUCAACAAAGGUUAUACUGUGAAGGCCACAGUUCGAUCGGAAGCACGAGGAGAGGAAGUCCUUGACAGCCAUCCUGAGCACAGUGCAAAACUCUCUUAUGUGGUUGUCCCAGACAUUGCAGAUAAGGAUGCAUUUGAUAACGCUCUGACUGGAGUCAUACAUGUUGCAUCUCCUAUGAUCUUGGGAGCAGCCGACUUCGAGGCACAGCUGUUUAGGCCCGCCGUGGAUGGCACGGUUAAUCUUUUGGAAGCAAUCCAAAAUAGCAACGCAAAUGUUAGCCGCGUGGUCAUAACAUCUUCAAUUGCGUCAAUCCUGGAUCCUCUGCAAGGCCAGAGACCAGGAUACGUCUACACAGAAAAGGACUGGAAUCCCGUGUCGAAAGAGGCAGCCAUCGAGAGUGGAAACGCUGUUCUCGCCUAUCUAGCGUCCAAGACAAUUGCAGAGAAGGCUGCUUUUGAUUACGUUGAGAACAACAAGCCCAAAUUCACAGUCUCGGCACUGUGCCCUCCAUUUAUCUACGGCCCUCUUCUGCAUCAUGUAGAGAGCCCCAAGGCGCUAAACACUUCUUCCAACGAUAUCUACCGCCUCUUCAACGGAUCGGAAAAAGAAGUCCCGCCUACCGCUUUCUUUUCCUAUGUCGACGUUCGCGAUCUUGCCGAGGCCCAUGUUCUAGCCUUCGAGAAACCGGCAGCUGCAAACCAGCGCUACCUGAUUGCUGCUACGGCUUACACCUACCAGCAGAUUGUCGAUAUUAUUCGAGCCAAGUUCCCGGAGCUGCGUGAAACCACUCCAAAGGGAGAAACUGGAGCACCUAUUCCGCCCGCCUAUGUUGUAGACACUACUAAGGCCAACGCCGAUCUCGGAGUCAUUUACAGAUCUUUGGAGGAUACUGUUGUGGAUGCAGUCAACAGCCUUCGGAAAUUAGAGAAAGCUUGA